GUAAAAGAAGCAGUUAUGGUUUGGGACAACACGCACACGCGCAGAACCAACUGACUUGCAAACGUUCUGGAUUGAGUAAAUUAAAUUAUUCUAUGUCCUGUCGACUCCAGGAUAACAACACAUCAGUUAGUGAUAUAAUGUUUGGCGACCUGUCAACAACAAAAGUUACAUAAUGUGUAUUAAUUUAACAUUAAAAAUAAAACGUCCAUGAAUAAGUCCAAGUGUAGGCCUAUUAGUUGUUAUUUUUAAGUAUAGAUAAAGGAUGUCGUCCGAAAAGACGUUAUUGUUUAAAAUAGCAAGUCAUAUUUGCAGCUAUAAAAAGCGUUUAAACUCGCGGGUUGACUCAAGCUGUUGGGAAAAAUGCUUCUUGUUGCCUUGUAGCCUGUUGGAGGACUUGACACACGCCUGCCAACACUUCAACAGGUUGGUAGCGUACUACUCUGACCAAAAUGAAAAGUGUGAAGAUUGUUGUGGUGGGGGCAGGUGUUGUUGGGUUCUCCACCGCUGUUUGCAUCGCCGAGGUACUGCCCUUCUGUUCAGUAACACUACUGGCUGAUCAGUUCACCCCAGACACCACCAGCGAUGUAGCUGCUGGGAUCUUAUUUGCCUCAGAAUUCCCAGAGAUCCCUCUGGAAAGACAGCGUCGCUGGUUUAAGGAGUCCUUUGAUCACCUGCUGGCAAUCGCUCAGUCCCAGGAGUCCUCAGAUGCCGGAGUGUUGCUGAGUUCAGGGUGGCAAAUCUUCAAGGAUGUCCCUGCGGAUAAAAAUCCUUUCUGGUCUGAAUACGUGCUGGGGUUCCGAACCAUGUCGGGGCGGGAACUGAAACGGUUUCCCAAUCACAAGUUUGGUCAAGCCUUCACCACCAUCAAAUGUGAAUGUUCCACCUACCUGCCAUGGCUGGAGAACAGGUUUAUAAAAGCUGGGGGUCGGAUAAUACGAAAGAGAGUGAGCAGCUUUGAGGAGCUAGGCCCGAGCUAUGACCUGAUCGUCAACUGCUGUGGUCUGGGCUCCAGGUCCUUGGUGGGUGAUGAGGAGGUGUACCCGGUCCGAGGCCAGGUGCUGAAGCUUCAGGCCCCCUGGCUGCAGCACUUCAUCAGGGACGGGGACGGCCUCACCUACAUCUACCCCGGCACGCACAGUGUCACCGUCGGGGGCACCCGGCAGGUGGGUGACUGGAGGCUCGAGGUGGACCAGGGGGACAGCGAGGGCAUCCUGGAGCGCUGCAGCCAGCUGGAGCCCUCGCUGAGCCGGGCACAGGUCCUGGGGGAGUGGGUGGGUCUGAGGCCUGGCCGGAGGAACCCCAGGGUGGAAAGGGAGCUGGUGCUGCUCGGGGGCCGGCAGGUGCCGGUGGUGCACAACUACGGGCAUGGGGGCUGGGGGGUUACCCUGAGCUGGGGGACUGCCCUGGACGCUCUGGGGCUGAUCAGGAGCUGGCUGUGUGAGAGCCCACCAAAGGCCAGACUGUGAGGGAGCACUGUGUUGGGAGUGGGCACUUAAACUGAUAUGGACUGCAUUUAUAUGGCGUGUUUUCUACCUUAGCGGCGCUCAAAGCGCUUCACAUUUAGCCUCUCAUUCACCCAUUCAUACUCACACUCGUACAUACCGACGGCGGCGGAGCUGAUAUCUGCUGAUUCCGUUAGUCAGAAAAAAAUCUUUGCACUUAAAUAGCAAAAUGCUAAUGUAUUUAUUAACAAAAGUGGAAAUGACAUUCAAUUAAGCUUGUUUGGCUUUUUUUGCACAUUACUGUUUCAUUAAAGGUGCAGCCACAUUAACAGACAAAACCUCUUUACUGUAGUAAAACUCAGGUAAACUAAUAUCUGUUGUCAAUGAAAAGAUUCUCGAUUGGUUAUGCAAAUUAUGGAGAAUGCCUUUAGAUGUUUAAACCUACAAUUAAGCUUUGCUAGGAAAUGUUUGUAAAACACUGGUUGUUUAAUACAUCAGAUAUUACAGGGGCUGUUUCAGUGCAGUUGUGAGUCAUGAGUUCUGGUAGGUUUAAUUUACUCGCUUUUGCAAAUGUGUAAAUAAUGUAUAGUUUUUUUUGAUUGUUUUGCCUUAGAUCUCAAAUAAAUGCUGAAUAUUUGUA